AUGUCCAAGUCAGUGACAAAACGAAACGUCAACUCACAGGAACAAAAGCCAAAUAAGAAGCAGAAAAUCUCAGGGUCAAGUGCACCGCCACCACCAUCAGGUGCCAAAGCCAGAGUCAGGGUUCGAGGGGAUGCGCUGAAAUGGAAGCCAGUCACACUGCCAGGCAGGCUGGAUGAUGCCGAGGGGUUGUACGGGCUAGAGGAAAUCGACGGUGUGGAGGUGGUUCGGGACGAGGCCAAUAAUCAUGUGAUGUUCCAGCCGAAAUCAGAUGAGAGUGUGGAUGCGGAUCAGAACACGCAAGAAGACUUUGAGGAUCACGAUGAGUGGGCGGGCUUUGACGAUGAGACCAUACCCUCUAACAAGCGGAAGACCGAUAAAGCGAGCAAGGUUUCAAAAUCCGCUACUGGAACAGCGAAAAACAAAGGUAAAACUGCAAAUACCGCCAAGUCCGAGAAGGUCAAUGUCAAGACCAACCAGCCAAAGCGAAAGCAUGACAUCGAGCCCGAUGUGCAUUUCAGUCUUCUCAGCGACUCCGCCGAUGAACCACAAGUCGACGUGUCAGCAUGGAAAGAACUUGAUCUGUCGCCUCCGACACUAUCACAGCUCGCGCGAUUGAAGUUCUCCACACCGACACCAAUUCAAGCAGCCGCGAUCCCUGCGAUUCGACAGGGCCACGAUGUCAUCGGCAAAGCAGUCACCGGUUCUGGCAAGACCCUCACGUUUGGCCUCCCCAUCUUUGAACAUUGGUUGCAAACCAAGGAAGAGCAGCAGCAUCAAGAGCUUGUCUCAGAGGCGCAGGCGAAAGCAACAGCACCGGUCCUUGCAUUGAUUCUCGCCCCGACGCGAGAACUGGCCCUGCAAUUGAACAGGCAUCUGAACGAGCUGUGUAUAGGACUACAGAAGCGGCCUCGGAUCUCCGCCGUGACUGGUGGAUUGUCCAUCUACAAACAGCAGCGGUUGCUGGAACAUGCAGAUAUUGUGGUUGCGACCCCUGGCCGUCUGUGGGAGGUCAUGAAUGACUCGUCUGCAAGUUCCAACCCUGAUGAAUUAAUGGAUCGGCUCAAGCAGAUCAGGUUCUUGGUCGUUGACGAAGCUGAUCGACUUCUCAGCGAGGGGCAUUUUAAAGAGGUUCAAGAUAUUCUGGAUGCAUUGGAUCGAGAGGUCUUUGAGGAGGAUCAGCCUGGAGUACCGAAGACCCCAAAAUCACCUCGCCAAACCCUUGUCUUCUCGGCAACUUUCCAGAAGGGGCUCCAGCAGAAGCUCACAGCAAAACGCAAACCCGGAGCCCAGGCUAAAAGUGAACUUCUCGACAAUCAACAGUCUAUGGAAUAUCUGCUGAAGAAACUCGCUUUUCGUGAGGCAAAGCCUACGUUUAUUGAUGUCAAUCCUACCUCACAGAUGGCUACAGCAUUGGACGAGUCUAUUGUGGAGUGCGGGGCCAUGAAGAAGGACCUCUACCUGUACACCUUACUAAUGCAAAAUCCUACCUCGAAAACCAUUGUCUUCACGAACAGCAUUUCGGCAGUGAAACGACUCACUCACCUACUUCAAAAUCUGAAGCAACCUGCAGUAGCACUACAUUCAACAAUGCCACAGAAGUCCCGCUUGCGUUCCCUAGAAAGGUUUGCCGGUCAAAGGACUAUUCUCGUAGCAACCGAUGUCGCAGCACGAGGCUUGGAUAUAAGAGGCAUCGAAUUAAUUAUCCAUUAUCAUGUGCCUCGAACUGCCGACAUGUAUGUGCAUCGUUCUGGCCGAACCGCUCGGGCUCAAAGCUCUGGGCGGUCAAUCCUUCUUUGUUCACCUGACGAAGUGGGCGGUGUAACGAGACUGAUCCUGGAGGUACACAAGAGUAACAAGCCACCGGUGAUUGUGGAGACUGACAGACGGAUUGUCACAAGACUUGAGAGCCGCCUCAACCUUGCACAGAAAAUCACCGAUGCCUCUCUGGCUCGAGAAAAGACAUCGAGCAAGGACGAGUGGCUACGAACCGCAGCUGAGGAACUUGGAGUUGAUUAUGAUUCUGAAGACUUCGAGGUUCAAGGCCAGAAAGGCCGGCGAGGCAGAGGAGGCGGAAAGGCACAAAAGGAAAAGGAAAGAGGUGCAGUGACCAAAGAUCAGAUUCAACAGUGGCGUUCCGAAUUAGAGGGCAUGCUGAACAAAAGAGUCAAUCUUGGUGUCAGCGAAAGAUAUCUGGCUGGCGGUCGUGUCAACGUGGAGGCACUGCUCAACGAGAAAAUGGACGCCGCGUUCCUAGACGGCCGGUAA